GCCUCAACCUUGGAACGCCUGAUACGCGUCACUUUUCAUCUCGACAACCACUUUUCAUCUUGACAACACUGCAUUAAGCAUACAAAACUGGCGAUGGAAAGCCGCACAAGUUCUAUCCUGUAACAAUGAAUAUCCACACUCUGAACGACCCUUGGCCCUGCUUUCCUCCUGUUCCAAUAGUAGAUCAUGAUGAGAAACAGGUACGGCCGUGACUACGGCCCAUCCAUGGUAGCAUGAGGUAGUGUGCUGUCUCCCAACCGCUGAGCCAUCUCGGUACCGCAUCUCUCUUCUUCACCCCGUCAAAUCUUUCCUCUCUACAAUGUUGGAGCCCAGCAAAAUUCCACUUCUUUUCAUCCCAUGGGUCUCACUUUAAUAUAUCUUCCACCCUAUUGCCCACUUUCAUUUCCUCACAUUCUCCAUCUGCACAUCAAACUAUCAGAUGGAUUCCCCGUCGCGUCCCGAGACGCCUCCGCCGCCAUAUCGGCCAGCAUCUAUCACUCCCCUGACACCAUUCAACACCGGAGAGCAACCUCCACCAUCACCGAUCUCCAUCUACCACGAGGACAACUCCUGCCUUCUCCAAGUCCCACCACCUACCUACGCCCCUCCUCGACCUAAUGUCCCGACCCCAGACGGCAGCUCGCGCGAACCCUGGCGUCCCACGUUCACACGACUUGCCAGCCCUGAGCGCCACCGAACUCGACGCGUCUACCCGGAAAUCGAACCAUUCCGAGGCGUGUCUCCGUGUCGGCAGAAGCAGCCCAAGGCAUCGCGUGACUCUCUCAAUGCGGCGAUCGGCUUGCUGAUAGUCGUUGGUGUCAUUCUUGCGUUUUACUUUGGGCUUAGGAGUAUUGAUUAAGACCGGCUCGUCUGAGGCUGGUUCUGUGGGGAUUUCUGCUUGUGAGAUGGUAGGAGCAUUGCAUUCCACGAUGUCGUUGGCCCCGACGACCGGCAACCUUGGUAUUUUAGAGAUCGUAUCUGCAAUGAGCUGGUAGACAGUGUCAUGCUCGUAUCUGGCUUUCUUUUAGGUUUUCAGCGCACCGUGACGCCCACGGCGCAAAACAGUCUUGCGUAGUCAAAAAGCGAUUUCAUAUCCGCCACACCCAGUCCACGCACUCUAGGUAAU